GUCCCCGCACUUGCCACAUCCAGCCCGGAGCAGACCCGCCUCAGCUCGCCUCACCUCACCAUUCACCGCAGCAGCAAUGCCUCCGGACGGCGACGCGGAGCUGGCGGCGGACGAGCUGCAGAGCCUCAGCUUCGGCUCCUCCGAGCGCUCCCGCUCCGCCUCCACCGUCUCCACCGCCACGGCCUCCUGCUCCACCUCCUCCUCCUCGGGGCUAAUCGGCGUCCCCGCGCCGCGCUCCUCCGCCCUUGCCCCGCGCCUCGGCACGGUGCAGCUCUCCGACAUCCGCUUCGUGCGGAGGCUCGGGGCGGGGGACAUCGGCAGCGUCUACCUGGCCGAGGUGAAGGGCAAGGGCGGGGCGCUGGUGGCGGCCAAGGUGAUGGACCGGAAGGAGCUCCAUGGCCGGAACAAGGAGGGCCGUGCGCGCACGGAGCGCGAGAUCCUCGAGGCCGUCGACCACCCGUUCCUCCCGCGCCUCUACGGGGUCGCCGAGGGCGAGCGCUGGUCCUGCCUCCUCACCGAGUUCUGCCCCGGCGGCGAUCUCCACGUGCUCCGCCAGAGACAGCCGCACCGCCGAUUCUCCGAGGCCGCCGUCAGGUUCUACGUGGCGGAGGUGGUGGCCGCGCUGGAGUACAUCCACAUGCUGGACAUCGUGUACCGGGACCUCAAGCCGGAGAACGUGCUGGUCCGCGCCGACGGCCACAUCAUGCUCACCGACUUUGACCUCUCCCUCAAGUGCGACCCGACGGCCCCGACUCCGGCGCACGUUAUCUCCGACCCCAUCGGCCUCACCGGCCGCUCCUCCGCGUCAUCCACCUUCAUCAUACCUUCCUGCAUCGUACCGUCGGUCUCGUGCUUCAGCCUCUUCCCCGGCCGCGGCCGCCGGCGCCGGCGCCGCAAGAAGGCCUCGAGUGGCAGUGGCGGCGGAGGCGUGAACAGCAGCAGCCUCCCCACCGGCGUGCUCGACCUGGAGUUCGUUGCGGAGCCGGUGGAGCUCCGGUCCAUGUCGUUCGUGGGCACGCACGAGUACCUGGCCCCGGAGAUCGUGUCCGGCGAGGGCCACGGCAGCUCAGUGGACUGGUGGACGCUGGGCAUCUUCAUCUUCGAGCUCCUCUACGGGGUGACGCCCUUCAAGGGGUACGACAACGAGAUGACCCUGGCCAACAUCGUGGCCCGCGCGCUCGAGUUCCCCAAGGACCCCUCCGUGUCGUCUGCCGCCAGGGACCUGGUCACCGCGCUGCUCGCCAAGGACCCGGCGCGCAGGCUUGGCGCCACGGUCGGCGCGGCGGCCAUCAAGCGGCACCCCUUCUUCAACGGCGUGAACUGGGCGCUGCUCCGGUGCGCCAUGCCGCCGUACGUGCCCCAGCCUUUCAGCGCCGCGGUCGUGACGGCCGCUGGCUCCGGCCCGGGGAAGAAGAACAACCCCGACGACGACGACAUGUCGGACGACAGCAGCCCCGGCACGCCCGUGGAGUACUACUAGAUCGGAUCAGACACAAGGAAGCUCCCACGCACGCACGUACGUGCAACCAACAAGAUGCUGCCACUGGCGGGGCCCAAGCUGGAAGCUCGUACCACCCUUGCCCGACCCUGGCGCACGUGGUCGGGAGCGGUGGACCGCCCUGGAUGGCGCGCACGAGGCGACCUUUGGUUGGAAGCUGGGCGCGCGCGCGGCCAGGCGCGGCGCUGUCGCGUCAAAUAGUUGCCGGCUGCGGCUUCGUGCGUGCAUAGGCCAAAUUUCGUGUUUUGACCCUUUUUGAAAAGAAAAUCGGGAUAUGACCCCAGUUCGGAAAAAAUUCGGGAUCUGACCCUUUUGCCUACCGCCAGCAGGCCUGGCGGUAGGAUUGCAUGCCCUACCGCCAUAGCCUACGGCGGUAGGCCAUUCGAUGGCGACUGACGGCCGUUGGCAGCCGCUGACGUGGAAAAGGGCCUACCGCCAUCCCCUACGGCGGUAGGUUACUGGAGCCUACCGCCAUAACCUCUGGCGGUAGGGUCCUGUGUUCUGGAUAAGGUGGGGAGGGGCUGGAUAUCCCCCCCCCCCCUCAACCACUCAUUCAGCCCACAUCACCUCUCCACCGAGCUCAACACUCCCCCCCUCUUUCUUUGAAGCACAAGAGCCUCCCAAAUCUCUCUCAUUUGUUUGAGAUUUCUCCGGUGGAUUCUUACCAUUUUCAUCACUGAAGGUGGCUCUCUCAUUUUCCCUCAUUUUGAUUGGUUGAUAUCUUUGUUUACUUUGCAUUUGCUCAUUUGAUUGCAAACCCUAGCUCAUUAUUUUCGUGUGGUCAAAUCAAUUACUAUGAUCCAUUUAGGUUUAUGUUUGUGGUUUCCUUAUGUAUGAUGUGCUUAGAAUAGCUUGUAGAAAAGUUUGUGUGCCUAGAUCUAGUGCUAGUCUUAAUGUACAUAAUGGGGGUUAGGUUAUGCUUAAGAAAGCAAUUAAAGCUAAGUUACUUUAAUAGCAACUUUUCGAAUUGUAGGAUGGCACCGUUCGUUUUCUUUGAAACUUCUGCUGAGGCGGCGGCGAACCGUGAACGCGAAUUGAUUGAGGAAAAGAUGAACUUGUGGAUCGAAGCCAUUGAUGCGUUGAAUGCGGAGUGUAGGGCCUUUUCAUAUAAUUAUUUCAAUAAAGACCGUUCCGAAAAUUUUAUAACAAAAAAGGAGAGGCUGAUGAAGAAGCUCAAGACGGCGGAAGAAAAUUGUAGGCGUGAUCUUGCAAUGCAAAUUACAUUCUGUGCGACAACGGCAGAAUAUGCUGAGAUAGACAUGGGCAAUCAUGGUCAGGUCAUUGAUUGGUUAGUUCGCCAACCAUUCUCGUCGGAUGAGAACCGUGCAUCUCGUUGGGCAUGGGUCAAAGAAAGAAAUGAUGUUAUUUGUUGCAACCCGGGACCGUACGCCGCAUAGUAUUGCAUGAGGCUAUGUAAUCUUUGUCAUUUGAACUAUAAUGACAUGUACCCUAUGCUUGGUCGUCGUUUGAACUACUAUGACUUGUACCCUUAA